ACCGUCCGAUUGAGAAUCGACGUACGCGCGAUGUGGUCUCUGUCUUGAGCGGCGGGUCGUAGCUCGUUUCGGGUACGAGCACAAGGCGUUGCAGCACAUUCAAGUCGAAGCGAAGCAAAAGCGCGAUUCCCAGUAUGUUGUGUAGAGCCAGCGAAAAUGAAGUGAAUACACAACUCGACACAGUGAAAAAAGUGUAACAAAAUCAGUGAAAAUAAUGGAAAAAGUAAUUUGAUGUGCAUUCAAGGAAGUGUGUGUCGAUAUGUGAAGUGUUAUUGUGUGGAAAACCGUCGAAAGUGCUGCGCCAUGAAGUUACAACGGCUGUGUUUUUUUGUGAAAUAGUGUUUGUGCGAAGAAAAACAAAAAUUCCUCAAUGUGGUGUUUAGGGCAAAAUGGUCAGAGAGACUAGACACUUGUGGGUAGGAAAUUUACCCGAGAAUAUAAGAGAAGAACGAAUUCGAGAACAUUUCAAACGGUAUGGCCGCGUGCAAAGUGUCAAGUUGCUGCCCAGGUGCACUGAGGAGAAGACGGGGGGCGAGAUCACGAUGGCGUGCACGGUGGCGUUCAUGGACAUCAAAAGUGCGUCCAAAGCCCACAACUCGGAACUUAAGAUAGACGACAGGACCCUCAACACCGAAUAUUAUGAACCUGCCGCCAUUCCGUCCUCUGCCUCGCCGCAGACCAACGCUCCCUCCCCGUAUUCUACCUCCCCCGGUUCGACAAGGUUCCCCAACGGUCAUGGGUCCACCGACGAUCACGGUACAUCCGCGUUUUCGGACCGUUGCUUCUACGACAGAUCAUCUUCAUCGCGGCUGACUGGCGGCAGCGGCAGCGUAUCCAGCGGCGGAGGGAGCGGCAGCGGCGAUGCCGCCUCGGAGUUCGGGGGUGCCGGUCGAAACGGCGGCAAUCGGGCCAGCGCUAAUGCCGUACCAUCGGCCGCUACUCCCGCCUCUGGUUCGUACCACGGUGAUGUCGUCACUACCACCGGCGGCAGAACCUCUUCGUCUUCGACACCGACGGCGGCGGCGUCGGGAGCUGGUGGUGUCACCGUCACCGGCACGGGAAGGAGCAGAGAACGAACCGGAAGCAGCUAUAGAAACGGACCCUACGGAUCCGCCUCGGCGUCUGCUGCAGCCGCCUCUUUGGAGAGUAGCAGACAUUCUUCGAGACCUACCGUUAACAAUUCCUGGGGGUACGAUUCGUCAAGGUAUAAUAGCACGGGUAAUAAAGAGACAGAUACAGGGUACAGUAAUACACCAUCCGAGAAUAACGAGAGGCGGACUUUAGAGCAAAGUUCAAAAAAGAAAACGAAAUCCAGGUCCGGAUCCAGAUCACCAUCUCCUUCGGGCAGUGCGAGUAGUAGGUCACCUUCAAGAUCAAGAUCAAGAAGUAGCAGUAGUUCCUCAAGUUCCUCAAUAUCGCGAGACACCAGCUCGACCAGUUCCCCGAAAUCCAAGAGGAUAGCAUCGAGUAACGCGUCUAAUUCGAACCAUCAGCCAGUGGUGCAUAGUGACGACCGAAGACCAUUGGCAAUAUGCGUGAAGAACUUACCGGUGCGAUCAUCGGACACCUCCUUGAAGGACGGUCUUUUCCACGAAUACAAAAAGCACGGGAAAGUGACGUGGGUGAAAGUGGUAGGAAAAGAUGCCGAAAGGCACGCGAUCGUGUGCUUCAAGAAGCCGGAAGACGUGGAAAAAGCGCUGGAAGUGAGCUACGAUAAGCUGUUUUUCGGGUGCAAGAUCGAGGUUGCGCCUUACCAAGGCUACGACGUUGAGGAUAACGAUCUGAGGCCGUACGAGGCGGAAAUCGACGAGUACCAUCCGAAGGCCACGCGGACCCUAUUUAUCGGUAACUUGGAAAAAGACGUGACCGCGUCUGAUCUCAGGAAACACUUCGACCAGUUCGGGGAGAUUAUAGAAAUCGACAUUAAAAAACAAGGGGCUGUGAGUUCUUAUGCGUUUUGUCAGUACUCGGAUAUAGUGAGUGUUGUCAAGGCCAUACGGAAGAUGGACGGUGAACACUUAGGUAAUAAUCGAAUAAAGUUAGGAUUCGGCAAGUCGAUGCCUUACAAUUGCGUUUGGAUCGACGGUGUUAACGAAAACGUUAACGAAAAGUACCUGAAAAUGCAAUUCGAACCCUUCGGGGUCAUAAGUAAGAUUCAUAUAGACCGGGAUAAAGGACAAGCGCUCGUCUUUUACGAUCAAGUCAUGAGUGCCCAAACUGCCGUUACUAAGAUGCGCGGCUUCACGCUCAAGAACACCAAGAUUCAAGUCGACUUUGCCAGCAGAGAGUGUCAGGAAUCGUUUUUCGAAAGGCUGGAGAAACAGGGAACUAUUCUUGACAGAAGCAUCUUCGAGGAGAGACGAGAAACAUCAGCGAGGGUUUUCGAUCCAGCAACCACUAGGUUUUCAAGUCGAUAUGACACUCCAACACGACCUCGAACGUCAUCUUAUAGCAGCAGGUCGAACGCAUCAGCGAGUCAAGUGACAUCAUCUCUGCAGUCUCCCGGGACUCCCGGAUCUGUCACUCCUAGGGGCACCAGUUCUCGGUCUCGAAGAUUCGCCGACUACUACGAUCAAACGCUGGAGUAUGCCGACAGACAUUUUCGAAGCUAUGACGAGUACAGCCAGAGUUCUACAGCGUCUCACGAGGAUCUCUAUGAUCAUGAGUAUGGUUUCAUCCACGACAACGCAGAUCCUAUACAGACUAUUGACAACGUUGUGUCCUUUGCUCCACCUGAUAUGAGAAAUCUACAGAAAGAACGAGUCCAUCUGCUUGAACAACUAGAAGAGUGUCCCAGUUCGGGAGACGAAUUGAUCAGUCCAAAGAAACGAAUAAAACUCGAUCUUUUGGAUUCAGUCAUAACCAGUGAUGUCAUCAUUGAAGCUAACAGAGACCAUAGAAAAGUUAUGGAAGUACGAAGGCUGUCAGACGUCAACUUAAAGCACCACUCUCGUCGACCAUCGAUAGAUUCGGGAAAACACGUGCGCCACGACGUAGUCUAUGUACCUCAUUCGGUAUGUAAGAGGAGGAAAACAGCGGGUAGUGAUAGCGGAUCCCGCGUCCACCACUAUGAUCAUUCAGGGUCUGAGAGCGUGGGUGGUUCUAGGCCAGGUACUCCACUGUGUGAUGAGAGACCAGAAAAUUUCCCGCCCACUGAACCUAGAAGAGUGCCGAGGGAGAGGGAGGGUCCUCUUACACUACCGUUGCCAAGGUUUGCUGCGCAAAUCAUGAACAGGGGGAGUGUAUCAGUAGCCGGAAUUAAGGGCCAAAAAGACAACAUCCUUUCUAGUCCACCUCCAGCUGUGACAAGCCCGAGAAUAUCCAAUCCGAGGCCUCCUAGCCCAGUCCACGUGCCUCCGCCUGCUUCACCACCCCCAAGGCCUCCUAGUCUCAGUUCCAACUCGAGCGACAGCGACAUUACCCCACCUAGUCCUUCCCUAGAGGAGAGAAUAAAGUCGCUGGACGAAAAGUACGAGAAAUGGUCCGGAUCGAGAGCUCUGAGCGCAGCUGGUGGUGAUGCUCUCGCUCUCAUAGACGCCAAUUUGGAAAAAUUCCGCCAGAGGCACAAAAUUCUAGAUCUGGACCUGAAAGAAGUCCAGCCUUCUGAAAUAGUCAAAUCUGUGAUGGCAAAACGGUCAGUUUUUGACGAGGACCUUAAACGGUUAGAAAACGUCGGAGAAAAGUAUGAGCCAAAGGAUUUUUCGUUUUUUCCUAGGACCCCACUGAUCACGCAAACUUCAGUACCUGCUUCACCGUUGUUGGCACCGCCUGCAUUAAAACUUAAUACAGCCACUGCAUUACCCAAAACGCCAACGUUGCUAUCACCGAGAUCAUCCGGAACCGGUAUUCAAGCAGCAAAAGGUCUCCAAUACCCUUUUCCGACGCAUCCGCCUAAUCUCAUGUCACCGGUAGUUUCGUCGCUUCCUCAGACAUCUUCAGCGACGACCACGAUUUCAGUGGCACCACCCACGGCCGCGGCCACCAGCACCACCACAGUCACUACGGCAGUAACGACAACAACCACCGCAACGACCACGUCUUCGUCGAUGCCCUCGCCUGCACGAGGUGCCUCCCAUGGUGAAAACAGACUGAAACCGUGUCCGAGUGCGCCGAGUGAUACGAGAACAAUUAGCAAAAUAACUGUAAAUAAAAGUAACGUAGUGUCUUCUGUACCUCCUGUAAAAACUAGUGAAAAGACCAGCGUUAACAUUCCGGGUGAAGUCAAGACGAAAGGUGAUAAGACCGGAGAGAAAAUAUCUUGUAGGAGAGACUCUAAUAGUAAUUCCCCAAGAGCUGAUGUAAAAACAAGAAGAAAUAGUGAUGCUAGUGCGCGGAAAUCAGACGACAGUGAUGCGGAAGCUCAUAAAGAAAGAGCACAAAUCGAACGAAUGGAAAAAAUUAAAGCAGAAAACAAAAAACUAGAAAAGGAAAAGUCAGAAAAAGAGAGAAUUGAGAGAGAACGACACGAACAUGAAAAACAAGAAAAAAUAAGACUAGAAAAAGAACGAAUAGAAAAGGAACGCUUAGAAAGAGAGAGUGAAUUAGAAAAACAAAGGUUAGAAAAGGAGAGACUGGAAAAAGAAAGGUUAGAAAAGGAGCAGCAAGAAAAAGAACGAGCAGAGAAAGAGAAACUUAGAUUAGAGAGAGAAGAAAAAGCCCAAAGAGAAAAGGAACGUCUAGAAAAAGAAAGACAGGAACAAGAGAGACUUGAACGACUAAGGCUCGAAAGAGAACGGAAAGAAAAAGAAGAUACCGAAAGGCGACUGCAGGAAGAGAAGCUGGAAAGAGAACGACAGGAGCAAGAGCGAAUAGAAAAAGAGAAAAGAGAUAAGGAUGAAGCUGACAGAAAAUUUAAAGAAGAAAAAGAACGGCGAGAAGAAGAAGAGAGGAUAGAGAGAGAAAAACGAGAAAGGGAACGAGUUCGGCAUAAAGAAGACAAUCAAGAAAAAAGAAAAGAUGAACACAACAAGCAUCGAGAAACUCACAGUGAUAAUAAACAUAGGGAAAACCACCUUGAUAAACACAUAGAACAUAAAGAGAAAGAAGAAAAGAUAGUAAACCAAAUAAGCACAAAUCAACAUAGUUUUGAGAAGAAAAUACAUUUGGAUAGGGAAUCUGAAAGGAGAAAAGAAAGCAUUAAAGAAAAUAGGGAUAACAAUAUACAUGAAAAACAUAAACAUUUAGUAGACAAUAGAAUCAGAGAACUAGUUGAAACAAGACACAUGUCUAUAGACCUUGAUAAAACAAAAUUACAUGAUAAAGAUCCUUCGAAGAGAAAAGAGAGAAACAAUAGCCUACCUGCUAGUAUUGGUUCAAAACGCAGGUUUAGCUCGCAUGAGACGAUAGAAGCUGAAGAGACCAAAAAAGUGAAAUUGUCUCAUGAAAGACGAGAUUCCAAAGAUAGUACACGAUCUGAGGAGAGGAUCAAGAGCAAACAUAAGAAUAAUAUUAAUAAAUCCCAUGAAAAACAUAGUUCGAAAGAUUCCGAAGAAAAACGAAAAGAAAGAGAAGAACGUCACAAAAAACAUAAGUUAGAAAAACAAAAAUCGAAAAGUAAAAGUCGAGAAAAGGAAGCCCACGAGACAACAACAAAUAUUCCAUUAACAGAUAAAGAAUUUCUCAAUAGGCUGGAACUAAAAUCUACAGAAGAGAGUGAAAAAUUUAAGAAAGAUAAAGAAUCUAAAGAGAAGCGAAUAACUCAAGAAGAACAUGAAAAAAUUAAAAAACUCGAAAAGAUCCACUCUUUGGAGAAAUCUAGUCGUAGCAAAUCGGAUGCUGAAGGCUCCAAGUCAAGUGAGGAGAAGAAAAAGCGAGAUAGAAUACGUAAGCUGACAAAUAGUUCAGAUAGUGAUUCUGAUGAACCAAAGAAACAUUCCAUUUUUGACAUUGUAGACGAUGAACCUGCUUAUAUAUCUAUGUACGAUAAAGUAAAGGCUAGAAGCUGCAAAAACAUGGCUAAGCUCGAAGAAGAAAAGCGGCAAGAGAAACUAAAAGCGAAAUUUACACAGCUUAAACAAAGUAGAGCGAAACGAGAGGAAAAGAAGCGUUCAACAUCAUGGGACGAAGAUUCAGAUUCUGAUAAAGAACAUAGCGAAAUCAAAAUGAAGAGGUGUCCUAAAAUGCUCAUCGACAGUUCAGACGAUGAAAGUCAAGAGCGAAAACCAAUGAAGAAAAAAGAAAUAUAUUCUGAUUCUGAUUCUUCAGCUAUAUUUAAACAUCUGAAGCAAGACAUAAUGGAUACGAGUGAUGAUGAAUCUAGAAACAAAUCACUUAUAUUAAAAACUCUAAAAUCUCGAAUAACUAGUGAUACUUCAGAAGACGAAAACAACAAAAAGAAAUUGCAACACAUCAAGGCAGAGUUGUUCACAGAUUCUACUUCAACAGAGAUCCAGUCAUCUUACAAUAUCCCCGAAGAUAAACCACAAUUAUUUGAUGACAAGGAAGACUUGAGUAAACUCAUUAAAACAGAGAGAAGGAAUAGUAAAUACCAAGAAUCACCUACAGAAAUGAAUAGUUCAUUAUUUAGCGAUGUUAGUCAAUCAGAUGUAAAAUCAGAAAAAUUCAACAACAAGAAUUCCUUCGUUGAUAUCACCACUGACGAAGAGGCACAUGAAGCUGCCAGAAAAGAAAGAACUGAGAGGAGAGAAAAGAAGCACAAAAAGAAACAAAGGAAACAGAAACACUCUUUAAGUAGCGAAGACACUUCCAAGCUGGAUAUAAUUUCAGAUUCCCUACAAUCAGAAACUAUAGAAAAACCGAAACACGAAAAGAAGAAAGAUCACAGCAAGAAAGAAAAACGACGAGACAAAAACAGAGAAGGUAGGGAGAAGUCGAAAAAAUCUAAAAAGAACAAAUUGGAGGGCAAAUGCGAUAGUAAAAGGGAAGGGAAAAUGGAAAAUAUUUUCGGCUCGCUUUCUGAAGAUUCUGAAAACGGAAACAAAGAAACCCAACAACAACCCAAAAUUAAGACACUUACAGAAGAGGAAAUUAACACGCAACAACAGAACUAUAAUAGUGAAUCCGAAAAAGAACCUGAAAUUAAAAUCAAAGAAAAAUCAGAACGAGAGAGGGACAAAGAAGAACAUAAACGAAAGAAGGAAAAGAAACGUCGGGAAAAAGAACGUCGUCUUCAAGAAGCAGCUGCUGCUGCAGCUACUUUGGCCGCUGCUGCCGCUGCAUCGUCUUUGGCAACCGCUGGUCAAGAGAGCAACGAAAAUAGUAUGGAUUAUAUAGAUAUGGGGAAACAACUAGAAGCCAAUAUGAUGCUAGACGAAAGCCUGGAUGCUUCUGAAAGCGUAAGUAAAUCUGCCGAUGCUUUAGACGCGACUGAAGAUGCAUUUACCUUCAAUGAGGUUAUAGGGAUUAAAAAAGACAAAGAAGAAAGAAGGGAAGGCAAAGAAAAGAAAAAGAAAAGGAAGAAAAGCAAAGAUGAGAAAAAUAAACAUCAUAAUCACCACCAUCAUGAUAAGAACAAAGUUAAACAUGCUGAAAUUAAGACAGAAACUUCUCCAUCUCCUGUUUUAACUUCUUCUCCAGUUAUAGAGAAAUUGACAAUUAAAGAAGAAGUCGUCACUCCACCUCCUCCACCGAGUGCCAGUUUACCUAACAUUUUAGAAGAACAACCUUCGGAAAAACCUCUUACUCCUGAUUUACCGGUUAUUCCUCUUAAUACUAUCAUAAUUAAAUCAGCUCCACAAGAAAUUAUACGUGAUAAGUUAAUACCUGGAUUCGGUACACAAAUAGACGAAAAGAUACAUGAGUCAGCUGUAAAAUCAAUCUCUGAGUUUGAACCAAUUGUCAAGAAAGAAGAAAUAGUCGUUAAAGAAGAAGAAGAGAAGCCAACUCCCGUACCAGAUGAAAAGCCUAGAGUUGUAAUUUCCCAAGAAGAGACUGAAGAUGCAGUAGCUGCUUUGUUAGGUGAGAGUUUCGGUAGUGUUAAACAAGAAGAAUUUUACACUGAAAAUACUAUUUUGGAAGAACCCUCUAAUACUUUAGUUGAAGAAAAUAAUGUUCAAGAUGAUGAAGAAAUGCGACAAGCAGUACAAAGCUUAAGUGCCGCAGAUUUAGAUGUAAAACCUGAUACACCACAAAGUGAACAUGAUCUACAGAUUGACACUGAUACCGAAGAACAGGAAGAUGUGCCACUAAGAUUUGAUACUGCUCCAAAGACUCCCGAAAUGUCUGAUUUCCCUCCACUACCAAAGACACCUGAUCUACCACCUAUCUUUGCUAACCAUAUGGACGACAAAUCUGUAACACCGAUCCCAGUAUUGAAAACAACUCCUAAUAUUGGUAGUCCGCCAUCUCUCACACCGAUAAGACCGCAAACAGCAGUGGAAGCAAAGAAGACCUUAAAUGUUGAAAAAAGAGAUCUUCCAGUUUUACCAGAACAGCAACAACGUACAGUUAUUUCAAAAUCAUGGCCUGUAGAUUCUAAACUAGACGUUCCUACUUCAAAACCUGCGCCAUCUGUUAUUAAAAUAGAACAAAAGGCAGUUAUAGCAGUAUCCAGUCCUUCAGUUCAAAACACUCCAGUAACAGGAGCAACUUCAAGAAAUUACACAAGUCCCCCGGUACUAAAGAUUGCUGAGUCUCCUUUUCCACCGCUAAAACCUCUUUCAAAGCAGGAUCAUUUAAGCUUAUCUCCUCUUGGUGAAGUAGCAAACAAAUUACAAGCUGUUCCUGUCGUUCAGACAUUAACAAAGUCACCAACUCCUCCACAGCUGCAUAAUCUACCAGCUCGUUCUCCAAUGCAAAUAAAUAAAGCGCCCACCUCCUUAGUAGAGUCGGGAUUGUCUCCUAGAUUACCUCCUGGUUUAAUUCAUAACAGAAUGCCAAUUACAUCCGUAAUGGUCUCCAAAGCAAUGCAGCCUACAACAGUGAUUUUGCAACAAUCUAAGCUUGCUCAUACAUUGGAGCCUCCUAAAUUGGUUUCAACAUCCGAAGUUCGUAGCCAAGAACGCGCUAGAAUGGUAUACCAAUCCUCUACUUUACAAUCACCACAGUUUGGUAACUUUGGACCAAAUCCGCCAAGAAUGGUAAUUCCAGGAAAUAUUAGGCAUUUACAGCCACAGGGACUACUUGUUCCUACGAGACAGAUCAACCCACAUAAUUUCAAUUAUAUGAGUAAUCCACCACAUCCCACCUUUAAUAUUCCCACAUCAUCUCAUAAUCAAGAUAAUUCCACAGCAAGAGAAACUAACCAACCUUUACCUCCUGUGGUACCAGCGAGCAUUGCUCAACCAGCAGUAGUACCUUCACAUCCACCUUUACAGCCAAUAACAAUUCCAAAAGAUACUUUUACAAUACCAACACCAACCCUACCAAGUCCCAAAUCAUCAACAAAUUGUCCAAGUCCUAAUCCAUUUUCACCCAGCGCCCUUAGUCCUCGUUUAAAGAAUUCCCCAAGUCCGAAACCUACGCCACCAGCAGCACCAAGUCCAAAGCCAACAUCGUCAAGCCCAAGCCCGGUAACAAGUUCUAUAACUGCAGUGACCAUGCCUCCAGAGGUCUCUUGUCCGUCGUUUGUGAUACAGCCUACUCCAAAACUCGUAGAACUACCCAGAGUACCUACUCCAAAAGUAGCAGAACCCUUAGUUACAUCUACACCAAGUCCAGUGAUUGUUUCUACUGCUUCUGCUGUUGAUUCAUUUAAAACCACUUCUGUAUUGUCAACACCAGAAAUAAAACAUGAACCAGCAGAAUUAAAUAAAGAAGAGAAGCCAGUAAAGCUAGCAAUUGAGGCAGUAACUGAGGAGCUGAAUAUGACACUAGAAAAGUCGUCUCCUAAAAUUAAAGAAGAAAUUGUUUCGUCCGCCACAGAAAAGUCGCCAGAAUUAUUAGUUAAAUUAGAACAUAAAGAAGAACCCAAAAUUGAAAAUUUGGAAGAAAAAAUAUUAGUUGAUAGUGAUAAAGACAUAUGUAACAAAGUUGAAAAAAUGGAUGAGGAAAAAACCGAAACUGAAAGUAUCGUUUCAGACAUCAGCAAAGAACGUUCUGCUAGUGCCGAUAUUCUUGCUAAAGAUGACCCCCUUGACUCAAAAGAGGACAGCGAUUAUUGGUCAGCAAAAGAAGUCAAUAUUGAUUCUGUUAUCAAGACACUUUGUUCGGCAGAUGAAAUGUCUGAUCACAGCAGCGAAAACGGUAAAAGUGAAUGGUUUGACGACCCUAAACCAGAGAAAGAAGAAACUAAUGAAACUGACAACAUUCCAACUGAAAGUAAAGAAGCUGUACCGCAAAGUCCAGAAAAGAAAGAAGAACCAUCUCCUGUAGCAGAAGAAACCAAGGGUGGUGACACUUCCGAUAUAUUAGACGAAUCGACUGAAACUGAGCCGGAAGUUACUGAACAACCUAGAGAAGCUCCAAUGUUACGUUCUAGUAGCCGUCGUGGAGGUAGAGGUCGAGGUAGAACCAUUAAACCCCAGAAGGUUGAACGACCAAGUUCAACAUUGGAAAGAGCAGGUGGAAUCCAAACACGCAGAGGCAAAUUAAAAGAAUUAUCUCAAUCUACUCCUGUUAGUACAAAACGUGGGCGAGGUGGAAAACCACGCUCUGAAAGAAAACCGUCGAAAACUGAAUCUGAUUCAUCUCCAGCUGACGUCUAUGAAUUCAGAGAUGAACCUGAUGAUUCAAAUAAAGAACAACGUCCAAGACUAAUCCUAACGAUAAAAUCACCUGCAAUAUUAAAUUCAAACAAUGCUCAAACAACAGCAAUCGUUAAAGAAGUAACUAAGGAUGGAGCCAAAGAAAUUGGUAAAGAACAACCUAAAGAAAUUUCGCCACCACCCAUUAAACCACUUGAAAACAAGGAAGAAUUUCUUUCUCCAUCAACAAACACCCGAAAAUCGAGGAGACUACAAGAACGAGACACAUCCAAAACUACUGUCGAUGACACUAUCGAAGAUGUUGUUAAAAAUACAGUUCAAACUCGAGCCACGUCUAACCAAAGAAGAUCCGGACGACAAGCUACGCCUAAACAGGGUCCAUCUCAACCUGAUACACCCCGAAAAUCACCUAGGGGUAGAAGAGGACGGAGAGGUUCCGAAGCAGCUGAGAAUUCGUCAUCUGAGGAAACUUCCAAAGAAGAAAUAAAACUAGUUUUGUCGCCACCAUUAAAACCUACUGAAAAAACGAGAGAACCCGAGAAAUCAAAAGAACCCGAACUUACGGUAGAAAUGGAAAAACUCGUUGAAAAGCCCAAACCUAUAGAAACUCCCAAAGAAAAACAAAUCGAGGGUCUUAAAGCUACUGUUCUUCGUCGUAUUAAGUCUGCAUUUAACCCGACAAAUCCAAACGAACCUACCAGCCUAAUAGACCCGGUAACUGGAGAACUAAUUCCAAUGAGGGAGAGUGAAGAAGGAAAGUAUAUACCAUUACCAGGCACGUCUAAUAUGCCUCAGCCUUUGAACAAAAAACCAGAAGCGGCUCUUGUUAAACAACAAGUAGAGUCACCCAAGCCUGUAGCCGAAGUCCCCAAGACGCAGGCGAGCGUAAUAGCCCAACCUCAGCAGUUAAAGAUCGUUCAACAAAAACCACAUAGUUUAAAAGCACAUGUUUUAGCAUCUCAAGCUGCACAGGCCGUUGUGCAUCAAGCACCGCCUCCUAUAGUUCAACCAAAACCAGCAGUAGAAAUUACUUCAACUACACCUUCUGUUGUAGUUACAUCUAAGCCAGUUCCUCAAGAAAUAGUAGUGACAAGAUCAGUUGUCAAUGCUGUUUCUACACCUCCUGCUCUUGCACCAGUAAAACCAGUUAUAAUAACUAAAUCUAUUACUCCAAUAGUAGCGACCAAGGCUGUAGUUCCAUCACCAGUUGUAACAAAAACUGUUACUCCAAUUAACCAACACUUAACCGUAAAUACUAAUUUAAAUGUUGGUGUUUCUUCUGCGGCUCACAUUUCUCCGAGACCUGCGGUUCCUCUUAAUGUUACAUCAAAACCGCCACUCAAGGCCUUGGUUAAGCCUCCCGUUUUAUCUCCUGUAUUGAUGCAACAAAAACAACAAAUCCAACAAAUGUUGCAAGUUAACAAACAAGCACAGGUUUCGAAAGCUCACUUGCCUUCAACUAUGGUAAGCCAGACCCAGAUGGUGAUGGCUCACAUGAAGCAUCAGCCCUUGAUCAAACAACAAGUCAUGAUGAGUAAAGGUCCAAUAGGCAACAAAUCAUUGCACCAACACCAAAUCAUCAGCGGAGCCAUACCUAGUCCACCUUUAAUAAAAUCUCAAUCUCCUUUGAACAACGCAGGAAGAAUCAUUCAAGGACCGGGAGGCCCGAAAGGUAUGAUGGAUCCUCCAAAGAUAGAAGUUUCCAUGGGUAACGUCAUACUAGGACAAAGAUCAAAAUUAUCGCCUCAAGGACCACAACAGAGAAUAGUUGGACAGACUGGCUUACCUUUGCCUGGAUAUGAACCGAAUUUGCACGGGGAGAGAAGUCUUUUAACUCGAAGUCGUAGUCCCCCGCCGGCUCAUCAAAACUCGCCAUCUCCAAAGGGAGAAGCUAUUGCUCAUUUUCCACCAGGUCCUUUACGUCCCCCGCCCGAUCUCAAUCCGGCUCAUUAUAUGCAUCCUCAACAUGUCAUGCAGUACCAACAAUACUUGAGGCAGCACCAACAACAAUUACAACAUCUUUCAAGGUCUGGAGUAAUGGAAAAAGAUGGCCAAGAAGGAGAAGAAGCUCCUGUAACAUCACCACCCUUAGAAUUGAGGCGACCAGGUUCAGUUGGGCAUGUAAUUACUGGUAGAGGUACAUCAGUACCUCACAGUUUACAUUCUCCGCACGACAGAACGACAGAUUCACCACAAGUCGGCCAAGUAUACAACGUCCAUUCCUCAGCACGUAUCCCAUACGCACAUCCGAACCGUUAUUAUGACCAGGCAGAACCUCCACCAGCCCAUCGACCGCUCACGAGCCACGGUUCUUUGGCAGCCUUGGGCAGCGACCGGGGUCUUGCCCACAUGGCGCCCAUCGGUACGCCGGACCGGCCGCUCAGCAGUCAUUCGGCUCUUCAGGCCCACAUGGGAGGCCUCGGUCCAGAUCGGGGCAUGACGCAUAUAGAAAGGCCGCUCUCAGGUCACGGAAUGAUGGGGGCUGGCUUGGGAGCAGCUGGAAAUCUCAUGGGAGCUGUCGCCAGGCACAUUGGAGCUGACGCUCCUGCAAGUCAGAGGGGAUUGCAAGCAGCUACACCUCCGCAUGCUAGUCAAGUACCACCACAAGCGGAAAGCUUAUUAAUGCUGUUGAAGCAAUACCCCUGUAUGUGGCAAGGACUUUUGGCCCUAAAGAACGAUCAGGCAGCUGUUCAGAUGUAUUUUGUUUCGGGUAACGAUGACGUGGCCAAAUGUAGUCUACCCAAAAAUACCGACGGAUCAACACCUCCGCUAAGAAUAUUCCAAAGAAUGAGGCUAGAGCCACCCCAGGUCGAGGGGGUGGCAAGAAAGAUGCAGAUGGAGAAUGAACACUGCAUGUUACUGGCACUACCGUGUGGACACGACCAUAUGGAUGUACUUAAACAGUCUACUAACCUAACUAGCGGCUUUAUAACCUAUCUACAACUGAAGCAGGCAGCCGGAAUUGUCAACGUCGCUGCACCCGGUACUACUCAACCGCCUGCGUAUGUCGUACACAUCUUCCCGUCCUGUGAUUUCGUCAAUGAGAACCUACGACGUAUCGCACCAAGUCUACUGGAAAGAGUGGCGGAUAUAGCUCACCUUCUCAUCGUUAUAACUACGGUGUGAUCACUGGAAGAUUGUUACUCUCUCUGCUAUUGAAACAACAAAAAAAAAUGACGAUCGUUACUUGUAAUGGACUUAACCUAAUCUAACCUAACUAUUUUGACUUUUUCUUUUCUCAACCGUUAAAAUCUCGUUACAACACGAAGAAGCUAUGUCCCAAAAGGAUUUUUUAAAUAUACUUAAAAUAUUUCACUGUGAUUUCUGAAAAAAAAACGUUAUUACUAUUAUUAAAAAAUAUAUGAAAAAAAUACAAAAAAAAGCUAAAAAUAACUUACUACCUAUCUAAGAGAUCUCAUAUUGAACUUAGUUAUUAUAAAAGAAAUAUGUCUUUAUUUAGAAGAUCCUUAUUUUCAUAAAUAUCUUGUAAAUUUGUUUGUUUUUUUUACGCGACAUUCUUGCAAUAUUUGCAAAGAUGUCACGUAAGUUAUACACGUGUUUUAGAAUGUUUUUUUUUUAAUUUUAGUUCGCCGACUUUGAAGAGGGGCUGUAUACUACAUAUUACUUUUUGUUUGCUUUUUAUUUAUUACAGAUAUACAGUGUUUCAUAUACUUUUUUAUCCAUGUCAGAACACUCACAGAAAGUUUUAUUACAGCAGGUUCGAUUGAUAAUUACGAUCAUUCUUGCUAAUAUAACUCAAUAAUAUUUGAUAAUCUACUGCCAAGAAAUAUGUCAGUUAGAUUUAAUGCUCUUGUUACCUGUUUUUUUUUUCUAUUUUCUUCAGAUAUUUUGUAUUUUUCAAAAAUUUUUGUUAAUAUUUCAAUUUUUGACAAAUGACAGUGCUGUCUUAAGAAAUAUGUAACUAUUAAUUUUCAAUAUUCUUUGGUUUCCUUAACGUUAUGAAAACUUCUACAUCUUGUUGUUUGUAUUUUCCAAAUUUUUGUUCGUUUCUAUUUCAAAGGCAACUGUGUCACAAAAUUAUAUUUUCUAUGCUAUCUGGUUUUCAGCACAUUUUGCAAAUUUAUUACCUAUUCUGAUCAGUUGAUCCUUUCAUAGGGCUUUUCAUCGAUUGUCAUUUGUUUUGAGCUUCUGUCAUAUGUUGUAUAAUCUGUGUAUAAUAUACGUGUAUAUGUGUAUAUUAAUACACGGAUUAUACGACAUAAUAUGACAGAAGCUCGAAACAAAUGACUGUGAAUGAAAAGCCCUAUUGCUGCGUUCUAGAUCUUCCCAUUUAAUCACAUGUUACAGCUUAGCUCUCUUAUCACACUACUGUAUGUUUGAUGUUAAUCCGUUGAUUAUUAUUUUUCAACGUUGCAUAAUUUAUUUAGUUCUAAUGUAUAAAGAAAUGAAUCUUUCGUAAAAAGUUCUUUAAUACAAUAAUUUUGUCGACAAUGAUGGCUUACGGUAUAAUAACAAUACAGUAGGAAAAAUGAAAGAAUACCCAUGAACGAACAUAUAAAACACGCUGUAUUUUCCUGUCACCGUGUAACACAAAAAAUUGGCCAGCGCAAGUACAUGUAAUAAGUAUUGUUACAUGUACUUGCACUGGACAAUUUUCUUUGUGACACGGUGACAGGAAAAUAAGCGUGUUUUAUAUGUUCGUUCAUGGGUAUUCUUUCAUUUUUCCGACUGUAUUUGACUUAUGUCAAAUAUAGAAAUUGUUAAACGUAAUAAUUGUCACGUAUCAAGUGUCAAAUGUCAAAAACUUCUGAUAUGGAUUCAAAACCUUUGUUAAUUCACUGUGUACAACACUAAGCGCAUAUUUUCUUUUUGUUUACUUUUGUAUUCAUCACUACCUUCACCCCCUCCUGUUUUUAGAGAAUGGAGGUUUAUUUAGUUUUUUGUUAAUAUUUUGAUUUCCGUUUAGUACACUACUUUCUACGAUCAACUAUGUAGGUUAGUAUAUUGUCGUUUUUAUGUAUAGAUAUAUUGUUGACUAGUAUGUCCUACACAACGAAAGCAGUACGUUGUGGGAGAUAUAUGUAUUUAAUAUGAUAAUUAAAUGAAUAUAUUUUCGUUAUUUUUCACUAAACAGUUUUUAUUGAAUUUGAAAGUUUUUUCUUUUAAAAUACAUGAAAUAAUCUUAUUCAAAUGUUUAAUUUUCUGGUACUAUAACUUUGUUCCUUCGAUAUUGCCUCGUAUUAUUCAAUUCCUACAAUAUUUUAUUUUCUCUCAUGCCGAUGACAAUUAAUUAUUAUUGUUUUAUAUUGGUGUUUUUCUUGCCGUGUUAAUUCGUUAUAUUUGUUUAUGGAACAAGGUAUUACCAUUUUUCCCUUUAUUUUCAGCUUAUCUGUUGCCUAUGUUUAAUAUAUGUAUUAUUAAAUAUUCUUCGACAUAUUUAUGUCGGUCAUAUAUUUUCCAUCACAUCUGUCCUUUUACGGCUUUUUGACUUUCACCUACGUAUCUUUUUUAUGUUUUUGACAAUGUCCCAAACUUUCAAAACCUAUUAUCUUUUAUCGCGAACUUUACUUUAAAACUGUUAAGCACAGUACACAAAUAAUCCAAAAAAUAAAAUAUUUAUGACGAUAAUAAUGGCGAUCUACAUUCGAUAAAUAGUGUGGCAUCGUAAAAACAAUUAUAGUAACAAAAUAUUAUUUUUUAUUACUUGUUAUUUUUUUUGCUUCACGUUCUUUGUAAAAUAAUUUAAUUUAUAUUCUGGUUUUAAUGCAUAUUAAUUUUCAUUGCAUUCCUUUAUAGAUUAAUCAAUCACAUUCUUACUUAUUUUUUUAUAUUGUCCUGUAUUAAUCUAUUUUGUAUUUCACAUUUUGAGAAUGAAUUGUGUGGUUUUUUAGAGACUGAUUUCCAUGAACUGUUGAUCCGUGAGUUGUCCAUAAACUUUUGAUUUGGAUAUUUAAAAUUCCAAAGAUUAUUUGUUUUUCAAAAUGUAAAACGCAUAUUUGGAGCGUAUUUUCUGUUAAAAUAACCUUUUGCCAGUGUUUUUUUAAUCUAUUCGUCUGAUAAGAAUUGGUGGAAAUUAUUUUUUUACCUCUGACAAUCGGCGAGAAUUUUUGGAAAACGUCUAAUAGAGCACACUAGAUUAUUCGAACACAAAAUGAUUCCAAUAAUAAAAAGCUUUCUACAUAUUGAAAUAAUAAAAAUAUUAGUUGUUUUAUCGAAUUUUGUGAAUACAUAUUUGGGAAACAAUAUUUUUUAGUUAUUUUUAUUUAUAAAAAAAUAUUGUUUUAGUUUUUAAUAUAUUUUCCAGUUUCCCCGUUGAAGUUUAACGUCUUUGCAAUCAUAGCUAGAUAACUGUUUAUUGUUAAAAAACAAAUAAUUAAGAUUUUUAGUUAAAAACGACGUUCAAUAUCUAUCCCUAGUUGAUCUUAGAAAAUUCUGUACGGUGUGGGUAUUGGCGAAUAGUUUUCCUCGGAGUUCCUCAGCCCCUUUUCAAAGCUGAUGCUUUAAAGAUGUAAAUAAUUAAAUUCACACGUUACCCACUCUGUAGUUUUGAAAUAUGGCUAUUAUAAAUAUUGAAAAAAAAAAUAUAUAGACAUAAUAUAUACAUAUGUAGCAUAACAAAACCAAUCAUUUUUUAAAUUAAAGUGUAAAAUAUAUGUGAAUAUCUAGUUUUUAGUUAAAGAGCUUUUCUUUUUUGAUUUUGUCAUCAGUUCUGUACAGUGUAUUUUUUAGCUGUAAGUAAUAAGUUUAGUUUGCGUUGAUAAAUGAUAAUAUAGGGAACAUUGUGAUGUCUAUAUAAUACUGUAAAUUUUGUACAUAUAAAAAAUACUGUGUAUUGUGAGUAUACAUUAUUAUAACUAUUACGAUAAUUCGA